UGAGCAGGCGCGGGCCUGAAAGCGGCUGAGGCCGGGCUUCCUGGGAGAUGUGGAGCCGGAGGCUGAAGGGGGCCUGGGAAGGUGACGUGGGAGGCUGUGCGAGGACGCCGGGGCCCGGCAGGCCAGCCUGGAGCAAGCCUACAGCAGGUGCCUUGCCUCCCACUUCCCAUUAGAGGCCAUUGUCUGCUGCCGCAUCCCCGCCCAUCCAGGCUCUCUGGGAAUGGUCUUGAAGAUGUUCCGGGGCCCUGUUGCUGAUCUGAGCCUGGCCGACAGGAACGGGACCCUCAAGUGCACCUUCUCUGCAGCUGGCCACAGCACUGGCCUCCUGCAGGGCCUGGCUGCCCUCCGUGCACAGGGCCAGCUGCUCGACGUGGUCCUCACUGUCAACAGCGAAGCCUUCCAUGCGCACAAGGUGGUCCUGGCGGCCUGCAGUGACUACUUUAGGGCCAUGUUCACCGGCGGCAUGCGCGAAGCCAGCCAGGCAGUCAUCCAGCUGCAGGGUGUGUCUGCACGAGGCCUGCGCCACAUCAUUGACUUUGCCUACAGCGCUGAGGUGACGCUGGACCUGGACUGCGUGCAGGACGUGUUGGGUGCUGCUGUGUUCCUGCAGAUGCUGCCAGUGGUGGAGCUAUGUGAGGACUUUCUGAAAGCCGCCAUGAGCGUGGAGACAUGCCUGCACAUUGGCCAGAUGGCUACCACCUUCAGCCUGGCGUCCCUGCGUGAGUCGGUGGAUGCCUUCACAUUCCGCCACUUCCUGCAGAUUGCGGCAGAGGAGGACUUCCUGCGCCUGCCACUUGAGCGCCUUGUCUUCUUCCUGCAGAGCAACCGACUGCAGAGCUGCGCUGAGAUUGACCUGUUCCGCGCUGCUGUGCGCUGGCUGCAGCAUGACCCCACCCGUCGCGCCCGUGCCAGCCUCGUGCUGCGCCACGUGCGCUUCCCGCUCAUGCAGCCUGCCGAGCUGGUGGACAGUGUGCAGACACUAGAUGUCAUGCUGGACGACGCCCUGUGUCGCCAAUAUCUGCUGGAGGCCUUCAGCUACCACGUGCUGCCCUGUCGCCAGCAUGACAUGCAGUCGCCACGCACAGCUGUGCGCUCGGAUGUAGCAUCCCUGGUGGCCUUCGGGGGCACGCCCUAUACCGACAGUGACCGAGCGGUCAGCAGCAAGGUGUUCCAGCUGCCUGAGCCUGGGGCCCGCCACUUCCGUGAGCUCACGGAGAUGGAGCUGGGCUGCAGCCACGCGGGCGUGGCUGUACUGGAUAACUUCGUGUACGUGGCAGGUGGCCAGCACCUGCAGCACCGCAGCGGCGAGGGCGCUGUGGAUGCCUGCUACCGUUAUGACCCGCAGCGCAAUCGCUGGCUGCGGCUUAGGGCGCUGCAUGAGAGCCGCGUGCAGUUCCAGCUCACAGCACUUGGUGGGCUGCUGUACGCCACCGGUGGCCGCAAUCGCGCAGGCAGCCUGGCUUCCGUGGAGCGCUACUGCCCGCGCCGUGACAGCUGGGACUUCGCCUGCCCGCUCAAGCGCCGCACCUGGGGCCACGCGGGCGCCGCGGCAGCUGGUCGCCUCUAUAUCUCAGGCGGCUAUGGUGUCUCUGCCGAGGACAAGAAGGCGCUGCAGUGCUACGAUCCUGCAGCCGACCGCUGGGAGCCCAGGGCGCCCAUGCGUGAGCCUCGCGUGCUGCACGCUAUGUUGGGCGCCGCUGGCCGCAUCUAUGCCCUAGGCGGCCGCAUGGACCAUGUGGACCGCUGCUUCGAUGUGCUGGCGGUGGAGUACUACGUGCCUGAUGCGGAUCAGUGGACCAGCGUGGCCCCUAUGCGCGCUGGCCAGUCGGAGGCCGGCUGCUGCCUGCUGGAGAGGAAGAUCUACAUCGUUGGUGGUUACAACUGGAGGCUGAACAAUGUCACGGGCAUUGUGCAAGUGUACAACACCGAGACAGAUGAGUGGGAGAGAGACCUGCACUUCCCGGAGUCCUUCGCGGGCAUCGGCUGUGCCGCUGUCCUGCUGCCCCGUGCUGGCCACAGGAGGUAGCUCUUAUCCUGGCCUGGCUGUGUUCCGCAUGAGUGUUAGACCCCCCACCAGCCCUGGGGGUCCCCACGUCUCACCCCCGAGCCAACAGAGAUAUCUGGUCCCAGAGGUUCGGGCACCACGGCAGCUACUGCCCAAUGUGCGUCUCUGUGCUGUCCUGGUGGCUCAGCCUCGAUUUCCCUCAAUCUUGACCAGACACUCAGAAGUAAGCUUGUGGACACAAAAUAUCCAAGUCCCAGUGAAAACCGCCCUCCCUGUCUUCUGGCUGGUUAAAAUUCCAGCUGCCCAGUGGGUAAAGGCACUGCCCCAAGCCUGACAUCCAGAGUUCUGUCUUGGGACCCACAAGGCAGAAAGAGAAACUGACUUCUUGAAAUUGCUCUCUGAUCUCCAUGUGGCACCAUGGCACACAUGGGCACACAAUCAAAAGAGUGUAAAUCAGGCCGGGCGGCGGUGGCGCACGCCUUUAAUCCCAGCACU